UAGAGACCCAACAUUUGAUAAAAGAUGAGCCAAGAACAACCACAAAGGCCUUGCGAAGACCAAGAAGAGUUAAUCAAAUAUGGUGAUGUUUCCUCAAUCGUGCAAGACAACUUAGUACAAAAGAUUGAUGCAAGUAGCAAUGAGAGUGAAACAAGACCACUAGCACCCCCAUCAGCCCUAACGAUGGGUGAAGCUCUUCAAGCCACUGUACUCAAAACAGGUAAGAAGGUUGUGAAUCAAAAUGAUGGUGCAAACAAUCAACCGAUAGAUGUUAGUGCCACUGGCCAAAAACAUAGUCCAAUAACAAUAGGGGAGGCUCUCCAAGCAACGGUGCUCACGGCCGGUCAGAAGGCAGUGGAUCGAAGUGAUGCUGCAGCCAUUCAAGCAGCAGAGGUUAGAGCCACUGGCCAAACAAAUAUCAUGCCUGGUGGGCUAGCUGCCACUGCUCAAUCUGCCGCACAAAUCAAUGCUAGAUCCACCACUUCGAAAAAGAUUACUCUUGCUGAUGUUCUCUCGGAUGCAGCAUCAAAGUUACCAAAAGAUCGGCCAGUGACGCGACAAGAUGCAGAAGGUGUGCUGGGUGCUGAGUUCAGGAACAACCCUAACAUAAGCACAUACCCUGGUGGCGUUGCAGCUUCUGUGGUGGAAGCUGCUAGAAUGAACCAAAGUUUUGAACAGCAUAAAAACUAAUUUACCUCCUUGUAUGUAUUUAGGAAUUUUGCAAAUAUGAUUAAAUUAGAAUUAUUAAUCUCUGUUAAUUCCUGUAGAUAUAUAGUCAACAUCUCUUGAGCUUGUUUAUGUCA